GUAACUAAUAAUAACUAACUAAGCAAUUAGGAAACUGCGUACCGUCUAUUUCUUUCGCUAAUAUUACAUGAAGCGUAUUUUCGUUAUCCAAACACGACUAAGAAGUGACUACGGCCAUUUUCGUUUAUAGUUAUGACGUCACCGAUGACGCUUUAGCUUAAUAGAAGCCAAACAUCUAACCAAACCGGGGAGGUCAUUUGCAUGUUUGCGGUUACCUGUUUGAGCGGGAAAGAGUCCGCCGCUGCAAAUAGUGAUGGACAACAUAAUCUCAAACCUUGAUCAGUAUAUGUUGUGUCAGGAUGAUUCUGGUAAUAUCCAAAUGUCGGAAGAUCCAAAAAACCAAGGGCUUCUAGUAUAUGAUAAACUAAACAAUUCCGUUUUUGUCGCCCCAGACAAUAAAGAAAUAUGCCAAUUCCUGCCACAUACACGCCUUAUACAGCAGUCAGUUGAUCAAAGUGUGUUCUCAAAUUGAUAGUGUCACUGCAUCUUCACCAAUACAUGAAGAAAUAUGGGUAAAGAACUCGGAGAAGCCUUCAGUCCAAAUGUAGAGGCAACUCUUAUUAAGUUUGUCGGAAGUGAUCGCUUUAAAUCUCUGCUAAAAAACAAAACAAGCAAAAAGAAGAAACUCACAAAUUGCCAAAGAAAUGAUGACUCUGGGUUAUAAUUUUGGUAAUCGAAACCCGGGUACAGUUUGUUUUCAAAAGUGGAGGAACAUGGAGGGAAAAACUAUAACAUUCAUUCAAAAUGGAGGGCCUAAGAGCACUGAAGUUGGGAAGUUGAAAAAGCCUGCAUUUUAUGAUAAAGUACGAGACAUUAUUAAAGAUUCCGCUAAGGCGAUCCCAGUUAAUUUAAUGGAUACAAUGUCAGACCUGUCAAACCCAGUAAAUGUCCUCAAGAAUUCAAUUGCAGCGUCAAGAAUUCUUACAAGCCUCUCAUCUGACGAUGAUGCAAAAGAAUUGAUUUCCAACCAGAAGAAAAUGUGCUUUUUUCUAAAAGUACAAAAUACUACCAAGGCCAAGAAACGAAAAGUUGACAACACCUUACUGGAGUUUUUAAAACAGGAUUCAAAAAAGAGAAAAACGCAGAAUGAAAAUCUUGUGCAGCUACUUACUCAAAACAUGAAACAAAAAAAAAUCGAAAAAACAAAUGUUGGAAAUUCUCUCUAA